UACUUAUAAGAACUCUGUGUUUGUAGAGAUAACCCGCAACUAUCUUAUGAUAUGCUGGUGGUAAAGGCGACAGGACUCGCAGCAGGCAAGGGUGUGGUGGUGGCAGAAAGCAGAGAUGAGGUUUGCGCUGCUAUCGAGGAGGCUCUGGUGAACAACAAGUUUGGAACAGCUGGUAACACAGUUAUUGUGGAAGAACGGCUGGAGGGUCAUGAAGUUUCGGUAUUAGGGUUCUGUGAUGGUCGCACUGUGAAAGCAAUGGUGCCAGCUCAGGAUCACAAGCGAGCCCUGAACGGAGACCUGGGCCCCAACACAGGAGGGAUGGGAGCCUACGCUCCCUGCCUCCUUCUGUCUCCACGGGCGUUGAAGAGUGUAGAGGAGAACAUUUUGCAGCGUGCUGUGAAGGGACUCAGUGAGGAAGGAUGUCCGUUUGUUGGGGUUCUGUAUGCUGGUUUAAUGAUGACAAGAACUGGGCCGAAAGUGUUGGAAUUCAAUUGUCGCUUUGGUGAUCCUGAGACGGAAGUUUUACUGCCACUACUGGAAUCAGACCUGUAUGAAAUAAUGCUGGCGUGCUGUGAGGGCAGACUGGAAGAACAAAAUAUUGAGUGGGAGAAGAACAUGUCUGUGGUUGCAGUCAUCAUGGCGUCCAAGGGCUACCCAGAAUCAUCCAGCAAAGGGGACGUAAUUGAAGGUGUGAAAGACGUGAUGGAGAGUUCUGGCACUCAGGUGUUCCACUGCGGUACGGGAAUGGUAGACGGUAAAUUGGUAACUGCUGGAGGCCGAGUGCUUGCUGUCGUCUCCAAGUCAGAAUCUUUGUCGAUGACUGCCACUCUGGCCACUGCCGCUUGCCAAAGGAUACACUUCCCCGGCGCUCAGUUCCGCACUGAUAUAGCCCACAAGGGGAUCCCAAGGUGGAUUCUGAAGCGAGGAAAGUUGACGUAUAAGGCAAGUGGGGUGGAUAUCGCGGCCGGGGAUGCUCUGGUGUCAACGAUCAAGCCAGCAGUGGCUGCCACGUCACGUGCCGGCGUGAUGGGACAGCUGGGAGGCUUUGCAGCAGCAUUUGACUUGAAAGAGGCUGGAUAUGAGGACCCUAUAUUGGUCUCGGGCACUGAUGGAGUGGGAACAAAGCUGAAGAUCGCCCAGGAAUGUGGACAGUACUCCUCUCUGGGUCAGGAUCUGGUGGCUAUGUGUGUCAAUGAUGUGCUGUGUCAAGGUGCUGCCCCUCUGUUCUUCCUUGAUUAUUUUGCGUGCGGCCAUCUUGCAGUGAAUGUUGCCGGAGAGUUUAUCAACGGUGUUGCUGAAGCAUGCAACCUAGCGGGGUGUGCUCUUGUAGGUGGAGAAACAGCAGAAAUGCCGGGAUUGUACAAGGAUGGAGACUUUGAUGUGGCAGGAUUUGUGGUGGGAGCUGUGGAGCGAAAACACUUAUUACCCCGAGUGUCGGAGAUUAGCGCCGGAGAUGUGGUGAUCGGAGUGCCCUCCUCUGGUCUACAUAGCAAUGGGUUCAGUUUGGUCCGCCGAGUCAUGGACCUGCAUGGCCUCUCCUACGAUAGCCCGUCUCCUUUUAGUGACAAGACUCUUGGGGAGGAGUUGCUGACACCAACCAAGAUAUACGUGAAGGAUGUGAUGCCGUUUAUAGACAAGGUGAAGGCCAUCGCCCACAUCACCGGUGGAGGUUUAGUGGAGAAUAUCCCUCGUGUACUGCCCUCAGAUGUCUCUGUGCGUCUGGACGCAUCUCACUGGCCUUUACCACCCGUCUUCGGUUGGCUCGCAGUUGCAGGUGGAGUGGGCAAGAAGGAACUGCUGCGCACAUUCAACUGUGGAAUUGGACUCGUGCUGAUUUGUCGCCCAGAAAUAUGUGGAGGAUGUUUCGCCGUGGGAUACCAAACGCUUUAG